AAACACGCGCAACACCCAAGGGGAAGCCGGAGGGAGGGGGAGAGAUCAGUCAUUUCCUCGUGUUGUGGCUGCACCCCUCCGACUGUAAGCUGCGGGCUGUCAGUUUAGGUCAGAGCGACUCUCCCAAGAAGUCUUGUAGCGACAAAAACUACCUGCUCUGCACUUCAUUACUAGCUUCAGCCCAAAACCCGUCAAAACUUUUCCAAAGCCUCAAUUAAACUGUUUCCCUGCAACCUUCUCAUGCCCUCCCACUUUUCAGGCAAAGAGGAAGAUUUUGCCUUUCCCUAUGUCAGUAUUUUUCAGCUUCAUGAACUGUGGGAACGUUUUGAACUCCUUAGAAGGAAGGGAUCGGUGAAAGCAACUAGGACAAGCCAGACAGAAAAAAUUUUCCUAAGUAGGAUGCUGCUUUACUGCUGCUGUAGAAAUAGAAAAACUAAGUGACUACAAUAGGUUCACUAGAGGGAAAUAUAUCACACUGAAUUCAACAGCCUGAGGAAAGUGGGGCUGCUGCUGCUGUUCCAUAUCCCCAGAUCCAAGCAGUACCAAGGCUGAAGAUGCGUUUCCCAUAAGCACACACACACAGGACACGCAUACACAGGUUUUUUAGUGGAGCCUGUGGAAUUGUUCUUCCUUCACUGCUACUCUGUGAGAUCAGCUAUGGAACAUGCUCAAGAGCAAGAAGCAAGUCUUGAGCAAACUCAGAUGUAUUGUGUACAGAGACCAAUAUACAACCAGGAGCUUCUGCAAGGACAGCUGCACAGGCGACAGAGAACCCCUCAGACUUUAGGGCAGAAGAUUGCACAUUCUUGUCGUUGUUCUUCUAAGAGAGCCAAGGCCCAUCUUUAUAAUUUCUUACCAAUUUUAAAAUGGCUUCCUCGUUACCCGGUAAAGGAAUAUUUAUUGGGUGACAUUAUCUCAGGUAUAAGCACUGGGAUCAUGCAGCUUCCUCAAGGUUUAGCCUAUGCUUUGCUGGCAGCUGUUCCCCCAGUAUUUGGCCUAUAUUCUUCAUUUUAUCCUGUUAUUCUAUAUACUUUUUUCGGAACCUCCAAGCACAUAUCAAUAGGCACCUUUGCUGUGGUUAGUAUGAUGGUUGGUGGUGUUGCUGUAAGAGAAGUGCCUGAUGAAAUUUUUUCUCUGGACUCUAAUUCUACUAAUAUUACAGAUGUCCUUGAAUAUUACAGUGCUAGGGAUACCAAGAGGGUUCAGGUAGCUGUGGCUCUCGCCUUUCUUUCAGGACUUAUCCAGUUGUGUUUAGGUUUCCUUCGAUUUGGAUUUGUGGCCAUCUAUCUAACAGAGCCCCUGGUGCACGGGUUUACCACUGCAGCUGCAGUUCAUGUCUCUGUUUCCCAAUUCAAGUACCUUCUUGGCAUCAAGACUAGCCGGUACAGUGGACCCCUUUCAGUUGUAUAUAGCAUAGCUGCCGUGCUUUCAAAAAUAACAACAACCAACAUUGCUGCAAUGAUUGUUGGAUUAACGUGCAUUGUUUUGUUGCUGAUUGGCAAGGAAAUCAAUUUCCGGUUUAAAGAGAAGCUCCCAGUUCCUAUUCCUAUGGAGAUCAUUGUGGUCAUUAUUGGCACAGGAGUUUCAGCUGGAAUGAAGCUGAAUGAGGCAUACAAAGUGGAUGUUGUUGGGAAUAUUCCUCAAGGGUUACGUGCACCAGCAAUUCCUGAUAUCCAGCUAAUCCCAGCAAUUUUUGGAGAUGCAGUAGCAAUAGCAGUAGUUGGAUUUUCAAUGACUGUAUCAAUGGCCAAGACCUUUGCCCUUAAACAUGAUUACACCAUCGAUGGGAAUCAGGAACUUAUUGCCUUGGGAAUAUGCAACUCUGUGGGGUCAUUUUUCCAAACCUUUUCAGUCACGUGCUCAAUGUCUCGGAGUCUUGUCCAGGAAAGCACCGGUGGAAAAACUCAAAUUGCAGGUACACUCUCUGCAAUUAUGGUUCUGUUGGUAAUUUUGGCUAUUGGAUACCUUUUUGAACCACUUCCACAGACAGUGCUAGCUGCAAUUAUCAUGGUGAACCUGAAGACAAUGUUUAGACAGUUUGGAGAUAUCAUGUACUUCUGGAAAACCAGUAGGAUUGAGCUGGCCAUCUGGGUGGUAGCUUUUGUGGCUUCUCUUUUCCUGGGACUAGACUAUGGUUUGCUUACUGCAGUAGCGUUUGCAAUACUAACUGUUAUUUACAGAACACAAAGGCCUGAAUACAAAAUCCUUGGUCAGGUUCCUAAUACUGACAUCUACUGUGAUGUGGAAGAGUACGAAGAGGUUAAAGAAUAUCCUGGAAUCAAAAUAUUUCAAGCUAAUACAUCUCUUUAUUUUGCUAAUACUGAGUCAUAUACAACUGCACUGAAGAAAAAGACUGGAGUGCACCCUGGUGCCUUAUUAGCAGCAAGGAGAAAAGCCCAGAAGCGCCAUGCCAGGGAGAUAAAGGCAGCAAAUGAACAAAGAAAGAAAGCUGUGCUGAAGCUCACGAGCUCUUCGACUAAUGAUGUAGAAGCAAGAGUAAAACAUGAGAUAGCAAGUGAUGACUUACCUGUGAAUGGAAAAUUUGAAGAUUCUAAUGUACAAGACACAGAUGUUCAUGAUGAGCAUGAACAUUUUGUGGAGCCCAAAACGAAUAUUCAUUCUCUAAUUCUGGAUUUCACCCCAGUGAACUUUGUGGAUUCAGUUGGAGCAAAAACAUUAAAAGCAAUUAUAAAAGAAUACAAAGGAGUUGGUGUCUAUGUCUGCGUUUCCAGCUGUAGUGGCCCUGUUAUGGAUGAGCUGACAAGACUGAAUUUUUUUGAUGAAAGUGUAACAAGAGAGUUGGUGUUUCACAGUAUUCACGACGCUGUCCUUGCUUGCCAAAUGAAACAUGGGUCUGCUGCAAAGGCUGACUCCAACCUUUGAAGAGUGGCAUUGAGCGGAAUGGGAGCCAGAUUUAUGCUGGUGGAGACUCUUUCUGAAUAUUUAAUUUGCACAGUUUGAAGAGAGCCUGAGGCUGUUUGUAUCUGUGGGUAUGGGGUGGUGCU